AUGAUUCUAGUUGGUAAAUCGGGAGUUGCAGACAAAUUGGGAGCUGAAAUAAUUUUUGAAGACAAAUUUGGAGUUGCAGACAAAUUGGGAGCUGAAAUAAUUUUUGAAGGCAAAUUGGGAGUUGCAGACAAAUUGGGAGCUGAAAUAAUUUUUGAAGGCAAAUUGGGAGUUGGUCUGGUUCUUGAAGACAAAUUGGCAGUUGAAGUCAAAUUGGCAGUUGAAGUCAAAUUGGGAGUUGAAAUUAAAUUGGGAGUUGAAGUUAAAUCGGGAGUUGAGGUCAAAUUGGGAAUUGAAACCAAACCGGGAGGUGAAAUGGUUCUUGAAGGCAAUUUGAGUGUUGGAGACAAAUUGGAAGCUGGAAUUGCUCUUGAAGGCAAAUUGGGAGUUGAAGUCAAAUUGGGAGGUGAAAUAGUUCUUGAAGGUAAAUUGGGUCUUGACGAAGAAUUUUCUCAAGCCGGUUUUGAAUCAUUAUUUUCAUACGAUAAAAAUUUGACAUUUGACGAAUUCUGA